AUGGAUGCUUCGAUCGCGUUGUCUCCGCGACAAGAACACUACCUAAACCAAACUAUUGGCAAUACCAUCCAAAUGCCUCCCCCAACGCUUUCGUACGGCCUCAAUCUCCCAAACAAAAAACUGCCUCCGUCCCUGAACAAACCAGGCCAGAAACGAAAGAAAACCAUAUUCGACUCGGACUCCGAUGGCGAAGAUGAACGACGAGGCGAAGACAAUGGCGCCGAGGAAAUAUCGACGAUAGGAGGGUUAGAAGUUUCCGUGGAAAACGAACAAGCGGAUUAUGCACCGAAAUUGAGAUUAUCACCAUCAGGAGGACCACCUCCGAAACGAAGAGUGGGUGACGGAGAAAGAGAAAGAAGCAUAAACACAAACGCACAUAAACCAGGAAAACCAACCUUCAAACCCCUAAGCAAGAAGUCUAUGUUCGCGGAUGAUGAAGAGUACGAAGGCACAACGGAUAUAAUACCCGGAAUGGACGGGACGAGACCACAGAUGACGAAGAAUAAGACGCCAACAGAACCAAGCAAAGACUACACGAACCUCUCCACGAUGCACAGCAGCAAGAAACACGCCAAAGAAGCCGAAGAACUAGAUCCAUCUAUCUACUCCUACGACGCAGUCUACGACAGCAUCCACCGCAAACCAGAAAAGACAACAGCAGCAGGCAAGGACGCCGACGCGAAAAGCAACGAAGUACCAAAAUAUAUGGCCUCGCUGCUCCGCAGCGCGGAGAUUCGGAAACGCGACCAGCUGCGCGCGCGGGACAGGCUGCUAGCCAAGGAGCGUGAGGCGGAGGGCGACGAGUUCGCAGACAAAGAAAAAUUCGUGACGGCAGCCUACAAGGCGCAACAGGAAGAGCUGCGGAGGAUCGAGGAAGAAGAAGCGCGACGGGAGAAAGAAGAGGAGGAACGAAGACGGAAGAAUGGCGGUAUUGGGAUGGUGGGGUUCUAUCGUGAUAUGCUUGCGCGGGGAGAACAGCGACAUGAAGCUGCCGUCAAGGCUGCGGAGGAGGUGGCGAAACGGGUACAGGCAGGGGAAAGCAUACCGGAAGAGGAUGCAAUCGAAAAGGAGCAAGAAGAGAAGACGGCAGCCCAGAUCGCAGCGGAGCUCAACGCUCGCGGUGCUCGUGUCGAGGUCAACGAUGAGGGCCAAGUCAUCGACAAGCGCCAGUUGCUAUCGGCUGGUUUGAACGUUGCUCCGAAACCGAAGAAGCAACCAUCCGCGCCCGCGACGGCAGCAAGGACAUCUCAAACACAUGUUGGACGGCCAAGUCGCGUAUCCGACGCCUAUGCAGCUCGUGCCGCGCAGCGGUCGCGCCAGACGGAUAUGGUCGCCGCGCAGCUGGAAGAGCGAGCCAGACAGGAAGAAGAGGCUGAAGCUGCCAGACAGAGGGAGCUGGCUGAGCGGAGUCGCAGUCAUAAGACGGAGAAAGACGUGUCGAGUGCUCGCGAGCGGUAUCUAGCGAGGAAGAGAGAACGAGAGGAAGCGGAGAGGAAGCAAAAGGAGAAGGGCAAUACUUAA